AUGGACCGGGCCAUAGCUAGGCUCGGCCCAUGUCCAGAUCCACCUCUAGGAGAGUUUAAUAUUCCUUUUAAUACACCAAGUCGUAAUGCACGAAUGCCCCACCCUAAAGGCGGGGCAAGGGUGCUCGUAAUGCGCGGAUAUGUACGGAAUGCCUCACCGUGGGGUGGGCCAAGGAGACAUGUACGGCAUGCCUCGACCAAGUGA